AAAGAGAUAAAGCGGGUUGUUUACGCCUACACCAAGUCCAAGAUGGCCGCUGGAGACAACAGUGGCAGGCCUCCUUGCCUUAGUUUCUCCGGCCCGGGUCCUCUGGGAAACAGCCAGCCGAGCAACAGCGUUUUUUCCAUGCCCGCGUCGAACGGGGCGGCGGUGGGCGCGGGCGGGGGGGCGCAGGGACCGGCCAGGCGCCCCAACCCGCAGCUGGGGCCUGGCGGGGGAGACGGCAACGGCGUCUCGAGCGGAGCCCAGUCGACUGCGCAGAACAGGCUGCAGCAGCCCGCUGCGGCAGCCGGAGCCAUGGCCGCCCCGGCGUCCAACAUGGCAGCCACCGCGGCGUCGAACGCUUCGCAGGCGACGGCCCCCGCCGCCACCCCGGCGGCCGCGUCCGUGCUGGUGUACCGGGAGCCCGUGUACAACUGGCAGGCGACGAAGAGCACCGUGAAGGAGCGGUUCGCGUUCCUGUUCAACAACGAGGUGCUCAGUGACGUUCAUUUUCUGGUGGGCAAAGGAAUGGGCGUUCAGAGAAUACCUGCUCACAGGUUCGUUCUGGCUGUGGGGAGCGCCGUGUUUGAUGCCAUGUUCAACGGUGGGAUGGCGACCACAUCGACGGAAAUCGAGCUUCCCGACGUGGAGCCAGCUGCUUUUCUGGCCCUGCUGAAGUUUCUGUACUCGGAUGAAGUCCAGAUCGGACCUGAGACUGUGAUGACGACACUUUAUACAGCUAAGAAGUAUGCAGUUCCAGCCCUGGAGGCUCACUGUGUGGAGUUCCUCAAGAAAAACCUCAGAGCAGACAAUGCUUUCAUGCUGCUUACACAGGCACGACUGUUCGAUGAGCCGCAGCUUGCAAGCCUCUGUUUGGAGAAUAUUGAUAAGAACACCGGGGACGCUCUCGCUGCAGAGGGAUUCACAGAUAUAGAUUUGGACACGCUGGUGGCCGUGUUAGAGAGGGACACCCUCGGAGUCAGGGAAGUGCGUUUGUUUGGAGCUGCCGUGCGCUGGGCGGAGGCAGAAGCUCACAGGCAGCAGCUGCAGCCCACGCCUGAGAACAAGCGGAAAGUCCUGGGAAAGGCGCUCACACUCAUCCGCUUCCCUCUCAUGACCAUUGAGGAGUUUGCUGCAGGUCCAGCCCAGUCGAACAUUCUGACUGACAGAGAGGUGGUGAGCCUGUUCCUCCACUUCACGGUGAACCCAAAGCCUCGUGUAGACUUCAUCGACCGGCCUCGCUGCUGUCUCCGCGGGAAGGAGUGCAGCAUCACACGUUUCGGCCAGGUGGAGAGCCGCUGGGGCUACAGCGGGACCAGCGACCGCAUACGGUUCUCUGUAAACAGAAGGAUAUUUGUGGUUGGAUUCGGACUCUAUGGCUCCAUACACGGACCUACAGACUACCAAGUGAACAUUCAGAUAAUUCACACAGACAGUAACACAGUGCUGGGACAGAAUGACACGGGCUUCAGCUGCGACGGGUCAGCAAACACCUUCAGAGUCAUGUUCAAAGAGCCAGUGGAGAUCCUACCCAAUGUCAACUACACUGCCUGUGCCACCCUUAAGGGUCCAGACUCUCACUAUGGGACUAAGGGAAUGCGAAAGGUGACGCAUGAGUCAUCAUCCUCGGGCACAAAAACCUGUUUCACCUUCUGCUACGCAGCGGGCAACAACAACGGCACUUCAGUAGAAGACGGACAGAUUCCUGAGGUCAUCUUCUACACAUAGUCGACCCAGACAAGGCAGCAAUCUUCCAUCAAAUGUGACAACCUGACGCCACCACAGGGCCACGCCUCAGCGGCUGUACUGGGGACUAAUCUGCCAGACUUCAUACGCACCCCUCCACGCGGUGCACUACUGCUGGCCAGACAGGAGGACAAACAGCUGGACAGCAAUGUGGGUCUCUACAGGGGGCGAAGCCUUUCACUUUGUGUUGUAGCAAUGAAACAGACUAAAAACCAGCUUUAUGGGGAAGGGGCGGGGGGGGUCUCUCAGAUUAUUCACUCUAUAUCACUGCUUUGGAUUGACGGCAUACGGUGUGACACUGAAUUCUACUUAAACUUUGUGAUUCUCCCUCCUGUACUCCCCCAGCAUUAGUGCAAAGGAGAGCCACAACUGUGUGAAUGUACAGUUUCUCAGAUUUGCCAAGACAGGAUCCUCAUCAGCAUUUAGAGCAGAAUAGAAUUUCACUCGGCUCCACAUUAUCUCCACGUUAUUUACAACUUUAAUAGACUAACAGACCUCAUAAGGUUUAUAAAAUCUUGGCAAAUUUGAACCAAGCUUCAUAUUAAUCUUAAGAAAAUGAAUACAUUGAGCUGUUUUCCAGUUUCUACUUAACAGUACAAUCUGUGAUAUCUCGUGUCCUUGCUUGGUAGUUGCCUAUAUCCAAGAUACCUUGCACUUCUUUGCCUUGCAUAUGUUUAUUUGGUUGCUCUAUGGAUGCACACUAACUCUUCAAAUAUGAUUCUUUUUAGUUUUUUUUUUUUUUAAAUAAGGUGUGUGGAAGAGAUAUCCUCAGUGGUGCAAAGUAAAAGGGUUGUAUAUUAAAGUGGCAUUUAUUAACAUUAUAUAUGUAAUGACUUAAGUAUUGAUUAAAAAGCUAAGGAAAUGCGUUGCACUGCUUGUGGUUAUUUUAAUUUUGUCUG